GGCGCACUUUUUUCCCCCCAGCUGUUUUUUGUACUUCCGGCUGCGCGCUGCUCCCCCUCUUCCUUUUCCUCAGUGCAGCGGGAGCAGUAUCGGAGUCUGAAGACUUCAUCUCCUGAUUAAAGGAGAAACUAACGAUUAUAAAAAUGGGGUUUGUCAAGGUGGUGAAGAACAAGGCGUAUUUCAAGCGAUACCAAGUGAAAUUCAGGAGGAGGAGAGAGGGGAAGACUGACUACUUCGCCCGCAAACGUCUCGUCAUCCAGGAUAAGAACAAGUACAACACGCCGAAGUACAGGAUGAUCGUUAGAUUCUCCAACAGGGAUAUUGUUUGCCAGAUCGCAUACGCCAAAAUCGAGGGCGACGCGAUCGUCUGCGCUGCUUACUCUCACGAGUUGCCGAGAUACGGCGUUUCUGUGGGACUGACCAACUACGCCGCUGCCUACUGCACAGGGCUGCUGAUGGCACGUCGGCUGCUGAACAAGUUUGGUCUGGAUAAGGUGUACGAGGGCCAGGUGGAGGUGACUGGUGAGGAGUUUAACGUGGAGAGCAUCGACGGCCAGCCGGGAGCUUUUACCUGCUACCUGGACGCUGGACUCACCAGAACCACCACCGGGAAUAAAGUAUUCGGAGCGCUGAAAGGAGCAGUGGAUGGAGGACUGUCCAUCCCACACAGCACUAAGCGGUUCCCGGGUUAUGACUCGGAGAGCAAAGAGUUCCACGCUGAGGGACACAGGAAGCACAUCCUGGGCCUGAACAUAUCCGAGUACAUGAGCAGCCUGAUGGAGGAGGACGAGGAGGCCUACAAAAAACAGUUCUCCCGCUUCAUCAAGAACGGCGUCACACCUGAAUCGGUGGAGGAAAUGUACAAGAAGGCUCACGCUGCUAUCCGUGAGAACCCGGUACACGAGAAGAAGCCCAAGAAGGAGGUGAAGAAAAAGAGGUGGAACCGUGCUAAACUGACUCUGGGCCAGAGGAAGGACCGCGUUGCUCAGAAGAAGGCCAGCUUCCUCCGAGCUCAGGAAGCCGCCGCUGACGAAUAAGAGACGCUCCAGAGAAGAACGUGUGCACCUUUCUCCAAAUAAAAUAUUUGGGAAAAGUAA